AUGAGUUCAAAGGGAGAUUAAGAAUAGGAAGAAAAAGUGCCUUUUGUCUACAAGGCUGAACCUCUUAAUAUCUAGAUGGUAAACUCAUUUCAACCCUUAUUGUUGAUUUAGAUUAACAGCGCUAAAACAAAGAUAGCUAACAAUCAUCCGCUAAGCAGAAUUCCUCUUCUUAAGGCCCUUCCAUAUCUAUAUUAUUGCAGAUGUUGCCUCAGAAAACCCAAGAAGGAUUUCCACAUUGGGCUUAAGAAGGCUUUGCUAAAGAAGAUGGACAUGAAGAUGCCAAAAACUGACAUCAAACUUGAAGAGGAUCCGUUUCUUUUACUUGGCGGCUCUGAAAGUCUUUGUAAAUUUGCGCCAAUGAACUCUAAAAAAUUAACCUUAGAAUGUACCACAGGAUUUCUUGAUCCAGCAAAUGCAAUCUACGGCAUUAUUCCAGAAGAAAGCGAUAUAGUCAACUACUGUAUGAAUAACAACGUCACUUCAAAGUGCUUUGACUCAUUAGAUUAAGUUAAAAUAAACAAAACUCUCACGGACCAGUGCAGUGAUGUGCAUUCAUGCGUCAUCAAUGUUGAUGAAAUCAGGCAAAAUGCCUUCAAAGAGAUUAAUGGCAAUAAAUUCUAAUGUACAGAUUCUUAAGCUGACUUUUUCAUUCAAAUACCCUGCGUAGUCCAUGAGGAUGCUCAGAUUCAAAGAUAGACAGAAGGCCUUUUUAUCUCUUGCAUGGCUGUUUUUAUGGCUCUCUUCUUCAUUAUAGUUAUCGACUAUCUCAGAUGCAUUUUUAAGAAUCAAUAUAUCGAAUGGGAUGUCAAAACUAUUACAGCUGGUGACUACUCAGUUGAGCUGAAUGUUACUGAUAAAAUGUGGAGCAAUUUCUUGAAAGACAUUUACAAUCCUGAAAAAGGAAAAACUAAACUUGAGCAAUUCAGAAACCAUAUAUAAUCUGAACUAGAAGAAAGACUAACUUAAAUGCCAGAUCUUGGAUACGAAGAUGAAACUCCAGAGAGAAUCUACAUCUCAAUGUUUACAUUUGCCUUUGAUAAUUCAGAACUGAUCAACCUCCUUAAACAAAGAGGAGAAGCUAUUAAGUUCGAGAAAUGGGAUUUAAUGAGAGAAAUUAACAAAAAGAUUGAUAACUUGAAAACUAAAAACUGUGAUAUCUAUAACAGACCGGUAACUGCUUUCUUGACUUUUGAAAAUGAGGAAGGUCUUAAUAGAUGCAAAAACUACAAUGAUGUUGCAGAAAAUGAUGAAUAAUACUUUGAAUACAAAACACUACUCGGGGAGGAGCUAGAUUUCUAAGAUGCUGCUGAGCCCACUGAUAUUAUUUGGGAAAACAGACACUUCACAGAUCUUGAUAGAUUCUUCAGAACUUUAUACAUUAGUUUCAAGGUGUUUGUUCUACUGUCGAUAUCAUUUGUAUUCAUAUUCUUCUGCUCAUAAGAAGCAAACAAGCCACUUUUGAAAUAUCCUCCAAUUAAUUGUGAAGAUAUAGAGGAGACGCAGGGUGACAGCUUCAAGAUCAAUGCUUUUGGUGAAUGGGAUAGAAACUUUAAUGCUAAGGGGAAAGAGGUUGAUGAUCCUAUUUACAUGGGUGUUUUAAAAUGCUAUUGUGAUAUCAACAUAAAAUAAACAGAAGGAUUCACUAAAAGCUCCUAUGUAGAUGGAGUAAGAAGAGCUAACAAUGAGCCAUUUGAAGCUUAAAUUUGUAAGAAGUAUGCCAGUGAUACAUUUAACGCUAAGAUAAUUGGCUAUUCUAUGUCAGUCAUGAUUGUGUCUAUCAACUUUAUUCUAAGAGCCAUUAUGAUAAACUGGAUUAAAUGGAUUGGACAUGAUACUCAUUCUUCAUAAAUCAAAGCUAUUACAAACGGAGUUUUCCUUGCUUAAUAUUUGAAUACCGGUAUUCUUCUCCUUCUUGUACAAGCUAACUUUGGAGAAAUUAUGAAGGAUCUUGAUUCAGAAUCUGUUGAUCGUUUUAAUAUCAUAAACAAGAUUUUUAAUGGUCCCUUCUAUGAUUUCGUUCCUCUUUGGUACACUGCAGUUGGCUACAAGAUUGUUUAAACUAUGAUUAUUAACUGUGUAUUCCCUCUUUGUGAGAUUGGAAUGGGAUUCGGUCCCUUAUGGAUUGCAAGAAAAAUUGACACUAAUUGGACAAACAAUUCAUAUUAAACUAAAACUACUAACAUGCAGAGAUAUAUUGAUAUCUACAGCGGCCCAGUUUAUCUGAUUCAUUUCAAAUAUUCUGGUAUUAUGAAUGUUACUUUUAUCACAAUGAUGUAUGGAGUUGGCCAGCCAAUCUUAUUCCUAAUUGCUGCCAUUUCUUUCUUAAUUCUUUACACUCAAGAAAGAGUAAUGACUGCCUAUUUCUAUUAAUAGCCACCAGCUUUCGACGAUCAACUCACUAAAAAUGUUCUUGGAAAUGUUAGAUGGGCAUCUCUUUUCUAUUUAUUCUUUGGCUUCUGGUAAUUAAGUAACUAAGUUAUUUUCCAAAAUUACUGGAGCUACAUUACUGACACAUAGGAUGUAAUGUUGUCUGGCCAUACCUUUGAGAAUAUCAAAGUUGAUUAAAGCAGUCCUCUUCUUUUAAUUGGUCUAGCAGUUCUCAUUAUUAUCUUUUUACAAACUUUCUUCAAGAAAACACUCAAAGCAUGGGGCUAUUCAUUCGGAGGAGCAAAAAUUAAUGUAGAUGAGAAUUUGCCAUUCUUUUUCACUUCAAUCAAGCUCUCUGAUGCUGAUUGGCUGCUUAAAGAAAAUGAUAACUUGCAGGAGGAAUAUGGAUUCUCUAUAAUAUCAAAGAGAGUAAGCAAAAUUUUGGAUACGACUGGUCCCCCCAAGAAAGCCAUUUCCGGAGUACCCUACUAUAUUGUUCUAGCUAAUCCAUCUUAUCAAAGAGAUUUUUAAUAUAUUUGCUGUGAUGUUCCAGAUAGAGAUACUCUUAUCAAGGAUGACGAUGAUGAUGAUGAUAAUGAUUGUGAGUAAUCAGAUCUAGUCAGUAUUCUUUUGAAUAUGGCAUAUAUCCCGGAUGAAGUAAUUGAAAAAUUCCAUUUCGAAUCUGGAUUCAAUAAAAAGUUCAAGCCAUUUAUGGAUGCAUAUCUGAACAAAAGAGGAAAGCCAAGCACUGGAAGAAACACCAAGAACAAUUCAAAGAAUAAUUCAAUACUAUCUGGUAACAGUGAGGAAAAGAAAAAUAAAAUUCUUGAUCCUAAUGAUAGCGGAUAGCUAGUUAAGUUAUUGAGUAAAAAAAUGCUAUGA